GUUCCUAGGCGGGCGCGCAACGAGCCGUCGAGCUAGUUCUACUUUUAUCCGCCUUUCGCAAAACCGUUCGUUUACGCAUUUUAGCAGCGCUGUUUUUAUUUAACCACAAGCUUCGAUGUACAUAACAUAUGUAACAGAUAGCUGUGUUUGUCGUAAAAUCCUACGAGGACAUUCAAACGGAAGGCGCGAGCCGGUUUGACGGGUGUCAACAACGCGAGGCAAGAGUUGGACGCGUUUAUUUCCACUUAUUCUCCUUCAGGUACUUACAAAAAGACACCGCUUCACUUUUUUACUUGCGUUUUAUUGUGUAAAGAUCAAGCAUGGCGCAAUUUCACGAGGAUCCGGCGCUGCUCACUAAAGAGAAACUGAAGAGUGAGUUACUGGCCAAUAACGUGCCUCUGCCCAGCGCAGACAGCAAGAAAGACGUGUAUGUUCAGCUGUAUCUGCAGAACCUGACGGUGCUCAACAAGAAGAACAUCUCUGCUCCCGCUCCAGACACUUUCUCCAGCGAUGAGGAGAUGACAGCGCCGCUGCUGUCCAGCAGGAGCCGCUCAGGGAAGAAAGCCACAAGAAAGACAGACAGAGUUCGGCCAGAGGAGAACGACAUCUCUGGUUUGACUGAUGAAGAGUUGAAGGUUCAGCUUAUGAAGUAUGGAAUCCAUUCAGGACCAAUUGUUGCCUCUACACGUAAGGUGUAUGAGAAGAAGCUCCAGCAGCUCCAGGAGCAGCCGCCGGUGGAGAGCAGCCUGCCUGAACCCGAGACCACCAUCCCGGAGGCCUUCACCAUCAAAGCAGAUGGAAACCAGAACGGCAACACACAUUCAGCCGAAGAUCAGUACAGUGACAAAGAAGAAGAAGUUGAUCCUGUACCAGAGCCGGUUCCCUUUGUGACUAAGCCGGUCCGGAGCAGAGGAAAGACUCCAGUCACCACCAGGACCAGCAGCAGACAGCGCACUAAACAGCAGGUGGUGGAGGAGACGGCAGCUGUCACUGAGGAAGCAUCUGUGGAUGGAGGAGAUAUUUUAAAGGAAAUCUUCCCCAACGAACCUGCCACACCAACCGGAAUAACGGUCACAUGUCGGAGGCCGAUCCACGGUGCAGCUGGCCGUCCGGUGAAGCCACUGAGCCUCUGGUCCGAGGAGUCCCUCCAGCAGCAGAACACUUACACAGUGACCAAAUCCUCCGUCACAGACGUUCGCAGUGCAAUGCCGGCUGCCCAUCUCAAACCCCGCCGCUGGUUGGCUUUCUGGUUGAAGCUUCUGGUGUUCAUCACACUGGCUGCGUCUCUGUAUUACGCCUUCCAAUACGUCACCACCGAUCAGAUCAACGCCUGCCAGCUCUAUGUCCAGGACAAUGUCAUCAUGCCCAUCGUCAAUUACAUCAGCUGGGAAAGCCCAGCCGAGGGUGGCGACGGCAAAUGAGCGGCCCGGUCCCUCAACCAGCUUCAGCAUGCAUGUACUGUUAGACUGAUUUUCUAGUGCUUUACGGAGCGACGCGUUGGCAGGGUUCGGGGAGGGAGGGAUUCUGGUUAUUGCAGUUUGACCUAGCAGUCACAUCUGAAUAGACUCAUGUUUCAAGUAGUCUUUAACUCUGUGCAUCGUGUGUUUUGAUCUUGCUUUCUGAUUUUACGGUUUUGUAGCGUUCGAGACGACGUAGAGAAGUGUAGUAGUGACUGGCUAAUAGUGAAUCAUUCUCUGCUCAGUGGCAUCACAGCGAGAGGUUACGUGCCAAGACAUGGCCAACACAAGCACAAUUUGGUUUCACACACAUCGGGGCUAGACGAAAAAGCCUGAAGCUGAAUGUUUGCGAAAAUGGUUUAUUUGAUAGUUCUGAUAGGUCCUGAAUAAUCAUGAAGUUUUUAUUUUAGCACGACUGAAUCUGACUUUAUGAAGUGUCGCUAAUGAGACCAGAGUGAGAAAAUUGUUCUAGCAUAACAGGGUGAAUCUCAGAUCUUAUGAACAUCUCAUGUAGUGAGUAACGCUUCACUUCUGGUGAGAGGCAGUCUGUUGUUUUUUUUAAUAGAUUAUGGCGGCUUGUUAAAUGUGUUUGUGAUGUUUUCAUAAUGUGAUGUCUGGCAUUGUAGGUGAUUUUUAAACCCGUAAUGAGAAUUGAGUCCACCGACACUUGCCUGUUAUUGACUGUAAUCAGACCGUCUGUUAUUGCUCAAACACUGGCAUUCAUCUGACUAAACUAUGAAUUCAUUUCUGUGCUGUGAUUUUUGAAAACAAACCUGGUCUGGACAUGUUUACUGAGUAUAUCUUCAUUUCAUUCAGAGAAAUACAUUUGUGACAGACAAAUUCAUUUGCAGGGGUUUCUUUUUAUAUUUUGCUACUCUUACUACUUUUUAACGGCAAUAUUUUUCUAAUGUCUUCUCUGAAAUUAAAAAAAAUGUUUAAAACGCAGUGAGUUACUUAAAAUGUAGAUAUACCGAAUCCACUAACCACUAAGUAACAUCUUAGUUUUGUCCUGCUGUGUCAAAGGCAGUGAAUGGUAUAAAGUCCAAUUUGCACUUUGUAUUUAGGCAGCUAAUUGUGGAAAACUGGUCAUAUGGAAUGAAUUAUUUAUCCUUGAUUCAGUACAAUUCUUGUGUGAAAUAAAAGAAGACCUUUGAAA